AUGGUACAGAAUGGCAUAGCCUCCUCCUUCGCUUUGAAGUUCAUAGCACUGUACAGCCCAGCUGUGAGCUUUGUGUCAGCUAUUCGCGGAAGACAUCACAUGCUUCAUCAGAAAGUCAGCAUGCGACUUCAGCUGAAGCCGUUCAUUUACUUAGAGGUUCACAGUACCAACCGAUUCUCGAGUGACUUCAUACAGCUCAGCAGCCAGCUUGCAGCUGAGGCGCAGAGCCUGCCGCUGCUUGACCGAACUGUGGCAUCCCAUCUGGCCAAGGUCUUCCGACAUCUGCAACGCAGUCCCUUUCUGCACUUCUACAAGUCCCGGUCUGCGAUCGUGGCACUGUCUUACAAGGAUUCCUUGGUCGGCUUGCGAGAGGCGGAGACAUCUGCAGAAUGGGAGGCUUUCUUGGACACUCACGCCAAUUUCACUAGGGAGAUCUUUGAGAUGUACGAAGUCCCAGAGCGCAUCCUCACUUGGUUCGAUGUCUACACGUCCAUUCGCCACACAGCGCACCCCGCCCUGGAUUUGGGCGCUUCGGCCAUCGAAGCAUUGGACAAGCUCCGGAGCUGGCACGUGCAGAAGGUGCUUGUAGCUUCUCCCGUGAGCAGGGUGCAGCUUCCCAGCCGGCUAACCGACGUCUUCACACCGGAGAGCUUCUUCUUGUUCCCUCGGCCUGGGGUGCGAAACUGUGCCGAGGCGGGCAUCUCGUUGGACAACUGUCCCUGGCAGGACACCCGGUCGGUUCAUCUUUGCGUUGCGCCCUCCGAGCUGUCUGACUUUACACGCUCGCGGUACCCGGUUCUUGCUUUUGCGCCGAACCGCUCUGCUGCCGAUCGUUGGCUGCGUCAUGGGCUGGAUGAGCAGGAGCGCUUCAAGGAGCAGUGCCGUGACUUUGCCCAGAAAGCCAUCAUGGCGACCCUCCAGCUUCUCAACGAGGCUCUGGCGCCCGCUGGUGCGCGCUGUGCUCGCUUCGCAGCUGCGCAGGCCGUGCUGGAGAUUGCAUCCUUUGGCUUCAACCCAACUUUCCACACCGAUCUCAGAAUCGCAAUCCGGCCCAUUCUGGCCGGAAUCCUCGCCGAUGUGGUUGUUUUCGAUGUCCGAUGGUUCACGGAGCAGGCAGAGGGGGAGCCUUGGCUACCUACUUUCUCCGGACAAGCCGAAGUUCGGCAGGCGACAACCUACCAGGCACCGGGCACUCAUUUUGUCUUCGGAGACUUUGCCAAGUAUGCGACUUUCCAGCGGCAUUUGCUCGGAAUGCCCAAGAAGUCAACAAAAAGCACAGACCGCCAAUUCGUUAGAGAGGAGAACCAGAACAAGGGCAAUCGGAGUGAGUCGUCAUACAGUGCAGCAUGCCAGUUGUCAGAGGUGAAGCCAUGGAAUGGGAACGAUGACCGAGACGAGCAAGAGGCUCCAACCCGGACGAACACAGGCAAAGAGGACAGCAAGGACACCGGUGGGGAGCUUGAGUCAACCGAGCCGGUACGAGUUUGGGGCUCAAUGCAGACCUUCGCAGCGAAAGAUCCUGAUGCCGUCUUGAAGGCCAAGUUCGCAGAAAUGCGCACGACCCCAACCGCCAACUACGAGAGGAAGCCUUGGUAUGUGGUGAAUCCACAGAGGAGCAACAAGUUUGCGGCAUGGCAGGUGGUUACCAUGGGCGCUUUGGCGUUCGUCGUAAUUGUCGUCCCCUACCAGGUUGGCCUCUUGGAGCUUGUCCAGUGGGAUCUCCUCCUUACUCUUAGUACGCUCGUGGACACUAUCUUCCUGUGCGACGUUUUUCUCCAAUUCGUCACGAUGUACCCUCGCACAACUCCCAGAGGGAUCGUGUGGGAGCAGAGGGUUACCAAGAUAGCUUGGCACUACAUGACGUCAUGGUUUGCUCUGGACUUCAUUACCUUGAUCCCCUUUGACAUCUUUGAGCUUACGUUCCAGGCAGAUGAUGUCGGCCUAGGCAAGGCCAGCAAAGCAAUUCGAGCUCUCCGACUCUUGAAGCUCAUGCGAAUUCUCAAGACCUCACGAUGGCUCCACAAGAUUGAGAUAGCUAUUUCGAUUCCCUACCAGCAGUUUGCAUUGUUCCGCUUCUUGCUCAUCUUGUGCAUGGUUUGCCAUUGGCUGGCGUGCAUAUGGGCUAUGACGUUGCAGUUGGGCGAAUCAGACAAGCCACAGUGGAUCAAUGACAUCGAGGCCAUCGACCGCUUCUUCGGUAUCGAAACCCGCCAAGAUCCUAUGCGCACCUACAUCAGCUCCCUCUACUUCUGCACCUACACGAUGACUUCCGUCGGUUACGGUGACAUCGGACCGAAGAACAUCAUUGAACGUUGCGUGUGCACGCUCAUUGUCCUUACAGCGGGAUUGUGCUGGGCCUAUGUGCUGGGAGAAGUUUGUGCGAUCGUCAGUGACAUGAAUGCUGAGAGCCAGGGCUUCCGCAAGAAGAUGACAGAGCUCAACAGAAUGAUGAAAGAACAAGGUUUGCCAUAUGAUCUGCGCUGCCGAAUGAGGAGCUUCUUCCUGCAGAACCGCCACCAGGCUCUCUACAUCACCCGCCAGAAGUUGAGGGAGUCCAUGAGCCCGCAGUUGCAGUCGGAGAUUAGCACGGCAGCAAACCUUCCGUGGAUCUCAAAGGUGCCAUUCCUGGAGAAGUUCAUGGAUUUCAUAGAUUCAGAGACGGCACAAGGAAAGGAAACCGAUGUCUACAGGGCGUGCAUCGCCGAUGUUUCACGGGAGCUGUCCUGCGGAGCUUUCGCACAGGGAGAGAAGUUCGACAACAUGCAGGUGCUCUACAUCGUCUCCAAAGGCAUCGUUGCACUUAACAACAGGGUUGGCACCAACGGGGCCGUGUGGGGUGAAGACUUCGUCCUGUCCGACAUGAGCCUCAUCCGCAACGUGAGGGGCACUGCGCUGACCUACCUUGAAGUGCUCUUCCUGACCCGGGAGAAAUUCAUGAAAGUGGUGGAGAAGCGGACACGCACUUGCCCAGAGUUGGGAAUCAUCGUCAGGCAGUUCACCGUCCGCCUGGCAGUCCGCAGAGGCUUUAUUGAAGCAGCCAAGAAGAAGGAGGAAGAAUGGCAAGCGAAACAACUGGCCAUGACAAAGACGGUGUCUUUGAGGUCGGACAGCAAAGCACGGCGACCUCCAAGCCCUGCGAGAAGCAUUGCAGAGAGUGAUCCUCGGAGUGUUGCAGAGAGCCCGCCGAGGAGCAUCCCCGGAAGCUCUCCGAGGAGUGUUGCAGAGAGCCAUGCUCAGAGCAUCGACGAUGAGCCUGUCGUGGACCUCUCCGAGUCCGAGGGAGCAGAGGAGGUGCAGCUCGAGAGUGAGAGAGUCCGUGGGGAACUCGCGGAAGCUCGGGCGCGCAUCUUCCACAGCUCUGUGUGA